GGGCAGAUCUGCAGUCAACUUGCCGCCGGCCCUUCCUUUAAUUGUCGCUCUGGGAUGACGUCAGCGUGUAGCCAAGCAGCAAAGCGCGCGGAAUGGAGGAGCUGGAGUCGGACAGUGAGGGAGCCGUCACGGACAUUCCAGGAGUGAGUCCCAGAGGACCCAUCGGGUUUGAGUGGGGCCCUACGCAAAUUUUGAUCUAUCCAACACAAUAUGAGCGAGCAGACAAGCCCCCUGGCAUUUCCUCGCAGACGGCACACGUUCAAGUUGUUCGCAGAGAUAAGGAUAUUUACUCGCCAAUUCUGAGCAAACUUUUCAAUGAAUCGCAUGGUAUCUUCAUGGCACUUCAGAAAGCUGAGCAGGAUUGCAAAACCAGCAAAGCACAAUUAAUCCACAUUAGCAGAAACUACCGUUCAGUGAUGAGAGCUUAUCUGGAGGAACUACACAAAUCUGCAGUAACUGUUUUUGCUCAAGAUCGAAGAUUGUCAACAGAGUAUGAGAAUCAGGUUUCAAUUCUGUCGGCAAUGGAGCUGAUCUGGAACCUGUGUGAGAUUUUAUACGUCGAGGCAGCUCAAGCUGGUACUCUCAUAACACUUCUUCUGGACUGGAUCAAGCUGCACGUCUGUCAAGUGGAUGCUAUGGCUGACCAGCUCCUGGCUGAUGAAAACCCCACAGAGCACCUUUACUUCUGGAAUGUGGUUACAGGCUACGUGCUCCAGGGCAGAAUGGGAGAGGCUCGACAGAUGCUGGCUAAGAAGGCCUUGCUUGAACCUGCUGCCAGUUCCAUGUACAAGUGCAUGACUGAUCUAAUGAGGAGAAUGCCCAUUUUCUCUUCUAGCGGUAAUCAGACCCUAACGGAGUUUGAACUGAAGUGGCGUCAUUGGCAAGAGGACUGCCGGCGAUGCCUGAGAGAGGGAACCUUUGCAUCCAAUGAGGAUCUGUUGCUGAUCUGCCAGAUUCUAGCAGGCGAUGAGCGUGCCUUGCUUGAAAAGAAGGAUCUCUUAUCCACCUGGUACCACUUCCUGGUUAGCAGGCUGCUGUACUCUCACCCGUCCAUUAAACCCACGGAGGUCUAUCAAUAUGCUGAGGUCUGCCUGGAUCACUUCAUUCCUUAUGGGAGCCGACCUGAUUCUCUGGACCUUAUCUUGUUGGCGGCGUUUGAGUUCAACAUUCACCAGGUGUUGAAGGACUGCUGCCUUGUCCUGAACAACUGGUGGUUUGUAGCACAUCUGACUGACCUUCUGGAUCAUUGCAACCUUCUGCAGUCCCAUAACCUUCAUUUUGGUUCAAAUCUUCGUGAAUUCCUCAUUCUGGAAUAUGCUUCAGGACUUUUCAGUCACAACAGCCUGUGGCAGCUGGCAGUAGACUACUUUGACCACUGUCCGGAGUUUGGCCGUGUGUACCUAGAGCUUUACAUCGAGCGCAUACCCCUCAACACGGAACGCAAGGCCCUGAAAGUGCUCAGGGUAUGUGAGCAGCGGCAGAUGACUGAGCAAGUGAGGAGCAUCUGUAAGAUCAUGGCCAUGAAGGCGAUGCGCAGCAAUCGACUGGGCUCAGCACUGUCCUGGAGCGUUCGAGCUAAAGACUCCUUCUUCGCAACACUCAUCUCUGACAGGUUACUGCAGGAUUAUUCGAUUAAAGGAAGCUUUUCUGACUUUGACUUGAUCAGCAACUUGGGCUCUUCGAUGCUGUUGAGUGACCGGCUCACCUUCCUGGGGAAAUACUGUGAGUUCCACAAGUUGUACGGGGAGAUGCAGUUUGCAGAGGCUGCCAAGCUUCUCCUCCUGCUGAUGACUGCCCGCAUUGCUCCACGCAGCUUUUGGAUGACGUUGCUCCUGGAUGCUCUUCCUCUCAUGGAACAGAAAGAGGUCAUCUUCUCCACAGAACAGACCUAUGAGCUCAUGCACUGCCUGGAGGAUGUGACAGCAGAUGAGGCAGAGAGAGAGAAGGAGGUGCAAGCUGUGGGGGGCGAGGAUGACGUGGAAAUCACAAAACUGAACCUCCUCCGACUGGCUUUCACUCGCAAUCUGGCCAAAGCCAUCGUCCACGAAGGAACUCGUCAAGCAUCCUGAAACUGGGCUGAAAGUAUGCAGCCAGCCUGGUCUUGUAAUUAAGAAUUUUCUUCCUGUUUGGUUUGAAUUCUAAGCAAAAUUUGCAAAUUAAAUGUUUUUUAUA